AUUGAGUGCUCGGCCGGCGCGCUGGCAGCAUCUCAGCGUCUCGCGCGGCGGUGUAUAGUGUGUUGUUCCAAACAUGUUAGAAUUCUACACGAACAUGAACGGAGGAUUGAUGCAGGAGGGGAUGCAGCCUCCCAUCACCUGCGCUGCGAGGACAGAACUCAGCGCCAGCAUCAAGCGGGAGAAGAUCGUAGAGAUCUGCGAAGGAUGCGGUCAGAAGAUCCAGGACCGCUACCUGAUGCGGGUGGGCGAGCUGUCCUGGCACGAGCACUGCCUCAGCUGCUGCGUCUGCGGCUGUCCCCUCGCACACACCUGCUACACCAGGAAUGCCAAGCUUUACUGCAAACCCGACUACGAUAGAUUGUUCGGAGUCAAAUGCACCAGGUGCGGCGACCGACUGUUGCCGCAGGAGAUGGUCAUGCGAGCUCAGCAGUACGUGUUCCACAUUCAGUGCUUCGUCUGCGUCAUGUGUUGCCAACCUCUACAGAAAGGAGAACAAUACGUCAUUAGAGCAGGACAGAUAUUCUGUCGCCAGGAUUUUGAGAAGGAAAUGUAUUUGAUGCAACACGCGGAGGAUGAUAUGAUAUUAGAUGAUUCCGAACGACCCCGAGAUGGGCGCCGGGGCCCGAAACGUCCCCGCACCAUACUUACAUCAGCACAGCGCAGGCAAUUCAAAGCCUCAUUCGAAGUCAGUCCAAAGCCAUGCAGGAAAGUCAGAGAGGCAUUAGCCAAGGACACAGGACUGAGCGUUCGAGUUGUGCAGGUGUGGUUCCAGAACCAACGGGCUAAGAUGAAGAAGAUCCAGAGGAAAGCGAAGCAGGAAGGGGAGAAGAAUAAUGACAAAGAGAAGGACAAAGAUGAGAAGAGCAUCAAGCAGGAGUCUCCGUCCAGCGAGCACGGCAACUAUCUGGGCCUGGACGGAGCCUACUCAGCUUCCAGUCAACCACUCAACCCGAACCUGCCGUACUCUCCCGAUGAUUACCCGGCGCACUCUGGCGACAGCUUCUGCAGCUCAGAUAUAUCUCUGGAUGGGAGCAACUUCGACCAGCUGGACGAGGGUGCCUCCGACACGAUGAGCCUGCAGAAUUUGGAGGUGCAGCACCACUCGCACCAGCACCCCGGCCACUCGGCGCACGAGCCACUGAACCUGGGCACUGGCUCCGUGGUCAACCCCAUAGAUAAGUUAUACCUCAUGCAGAAUUCUUACUUCAGUACUGAUCAUUGAUUUAACGUGGGACGUGGCGCUGCCCUGACUCCCAUGUUCGGCCAGCGACUGCGCCCACCAUCGCACGUCCCCAAGUGUACCGAGACUGCUACUAGUCACAACUAUGUCUUUACCAAUGUUUAUCCGCAAACUGCUGUUUUGAACCAGACUGAUACUCUGCUGAACCAUUGUAGGUAAACUGUGUAUGAAGUCAUUAAUUGUUCCGUAGUUAAGUAGUGAAGGCAGAUAUAUAAAUGUCGUAGGUAAUAGUACUGUCUGUAUUUGCAUUGUAUGAUAUGAUCUAGUCUCUGUCUGUACCUAAAAGAACAUUUUCUUGUAGAGCCUUCAGUGAUGGGCAACGGCUGCCCCUUUUCUUUAACUUUCAGAGAUGAUAGAAGCAAACUGUCGUAGACGAAAUCUGUAGUAUCAAUAGACCCAAACUACUUCUGACUUUGUUGUGAAAUAUUCUCUCAUAACUCGUAACCAUGAUAUUGGAUUUAAAUAAAUAAUUAAUGUGUACUCCCCGGAUAGUUGGUCCUUGUGUGAAAUACCUAACAGUCUGGUCAAUUUCCUCACCCAGUAGAAAAAGUCACAUAGACAAAAUAUUCAAUAGCUGUAAUUUUAUUAAAGUAAUAAUUCUAUAAAUAUUAUACAAUCCGGUUUACAAUUUCUUAAAUUACUUUUACUAAUCUCGGUGUUGUUAUAAAACAGUUGAAAAUUGCAAAAAUAAAAUAGUGUCGUAGGCUUUGUAACAUGUUAUUAAAAGUAGAUAUCGAAAUGGAUUGAAACUGUAAAAAGAGAUAUAUCAAUAUUAAUUAAAAUAAUUUACAGAAUCAACCAAUCAUUGAGGAGAUUUUCAUAUAUGUUGUAAAUAAAGAGAAUUGAUGUGUUAAAAUAAAAAGUAGAGAGAGCCUGUAUUCGGCGAAUAAAUUGUAAGGGUAUAUUAUUUACCUUCCGUAAAAAAUAAGACGUUUGCUUGUAUAUAUGAGAAAGAAGAGAAAAUAAACUUUGUAGAAUACAUACAUGAAUCUGACAUAGACUUUUAAACGACUUUCGUUGUUAUAUUUCCUGGAUAGAGUUCAUUAUUGAUGUUUUCUAUUUCUCCAGUCCAUAACAAACUAAUCUUGUCGUUCAAGUGUCCUCAGGCCCAAAAAAGAACUAUCUAUUGGGAGGCUUAAGAGAAACGAACAUUCUUUCGCAUUUUAAAACACAAAACAUAUUCUAUAAUAUUAUUAUUUUUACUGUAAAAAAAAGUUUUAUUCGCAGUUUGUUAUAAAUUUUACAAUUGUAAAUAAUGUAUAUAAACUUAUAAAAAUAUAUUCUAGACCGCAAUUUCAUAACUCAUAACUGUGUAGAAUAUAUGAACUUUUUGAAAUACAUAGUCAAUGUAAUAACUAUAGGUAGACAAACAUGUAUGUAUAUUAUCUGAUGUUGUACAUCAAAAUUAUCGUAUUCGUUACUAGUAAGUGUCUAUAGAUAUGUGCUAACUAAAAUACAUUUUAAACAAUUUCAAUGUUUACAGAUCUGAUCCAUAAGUAGUGUUCAAUAGUUGGAUUUAAUGUCACAAUUUGUUUAUAAGUUAAGUCAAUUCGUUUUAAGAAGAAUAUCUAAUGAAUUUUGCGAAAAUGUUUUCUUAAAACAAAUAGACUAAUACGAGCAUUUUCUGGUUAUUAUAAAUGUAUAGUUGUGCCCGUAAACAAUAUUCUUCAUGUCAAUGUUAUAGAAGUUAUUCCAAAAUAUAGAUGUUCAAGUUCUAAGCCCCCCUUCCACAGUCGUAAUGAAGUAUGUACAUGUUUAUAGUAGUUAUUUACCUGCUAAUAAAUUACAGGCAACCCUAGUCAUUUUUUCGUAUUGUUUCAUAGUCCAAAAUAGUUUAAUAGUCAUAAAAUAUAUUAUGUUGUCAUGUAGGUUAUUAUUUAAUUUCUUGUAUAAUAUUAAAUAUGAGUUUAUAUGUUAAUGUUUUGUAAGUAAAUAGGUACCUAAAUGUGAUGGUUGGACGAACAAUCUAGUCAAACUAAAUGUUGUGUCCGUUGUCAAUGUCCGCGCGACAGAGAUGCGAGUCUGCUACCGUAGUUGUACCAUAACAACUCUUGAGUUAAAGUCAUGAUAGUCAUGAUUAUAAUGACUAUCAAAAAUAGCUAUUGACUACAACCGCGUGAUUAACAGACUUGGAUUUCUGGAAUGGACCUGGAUUAUCAGGUGUGGAUCCACAAGGUUUCUUUUACGAACUCAGCGGUGUAAUGGCCUGUAACACUGUACUAUAAAUAUGGUUAAUGAGACCUAAGGACUAUCUAAGGACUUGAAUAACACUGAAUUUCCAAAUCAAUAUCGCUGAGUUCGUAAAUUAGACGUAAGAGCUGAAUGAGAGAAGACUGCGUCUUCCACGUAUAACACGUCGUGUGGAUCAUCAGAUCAAGGAUCCAUCUCUAUGUAAACCCAUAGUUUAUUCAGUAAUUUUAUAAAUUGAUGUAAAUUAAAACGAUAUAAAUUGAAA